AUUCAUUCAUUCUCUUCGACAAUACUUGAUUCUUUUCUUCCUUCAACCACUACUUAUCUGAUACCCAACAGCCAUGUCCUCCCCACGCGCCGCAUCCCCAACCAGCCCCGCGGCAGGCGGUGGUGGUGGCGCCGGCGGCAGCAGCAGCAGCGGUGCCGGCACAGCUCUGUCCCCUGGCGUCGCCGCUGGGCGGCCCUCGUCGCCGCCCCCGCCGGGUGGCGCGCGCACAGCCAUCCGCCGCCGGGCCGCCGCCGACCAGAAGGAGAAGAUUGCCAAUGCACGCCCCAACAGCACGCGCGCCGCGGGCGCCGGCGGCUCGAGCAGCACCAUGCUCCGCUUGUACACGGACGAGUCGCCGGGGCUCAAGGUCGAUCCGGUUGUGGUGCUUGUGCUGUCGCUGGUGUUUAUCUUUAGCGUUGUUGCGCUGCAUAUUAUUGCCAAGAUUACACGCCGCUUCUCGAGUUAAGGCGGGAGGUUGACCGACUGGGUGUCUAUACCUCGGUAUCUCGGGUGUUGCGGUACUUUUCACGACUCGAAUUGGCCCUGGGCGAGCCGGGCUGAGAUAUUGGGAUCUAUUACGCGGAGCAAGACGUUUCGGGGAGGCAAAUGAGGCCAGCCUGCUUCCGGUGGUAGAAGGGCGGAGCAUUUAUGGUGUUUUGGGCUGUUGGUACGGGGGGACGAUCAGCUGGGGAUACAACAAAAGCAAACCGUUGAGGGGAGCGCUGUCUGGCGCUGUCUCAUGCCGUCAGUGAUUUGGACCUGAUAGUGCCCGGCGGCCGAAAGUCCAUUCGAUAUUUUGUACGAUAUAUCUUAAUGGGG